GGUGAGGGAAGGAGGGAGAAAAUGAAGACCUACAUCCUCUCUGCUAUUAAUGGAAAGCACUGAAACAGAAUUAUCCUGGAUUAUUUAUUUAUUUUUCUUACCUGAUACACUGAUGCUCUCUGUGUCACUGAGAAGCCUGUCAGUUGCAAAAGCAGAGUGAAGUCAUUUUUUGCACAGGCACGUGGCUGGUAGAGAGACACUGCCAGUGCCUUUCCUGAUCCUACCAGCAGGCAAGGGUCCAAAGAAAUGCUCACAAAUGCUCACACUCCCGUGUGUUUCUUACAGUAUGAGUCUGCAAUGGAGCGCAUGCAAAAGAACAAGUUGUCCCAUUAUAAGAAAACAAUGGAGUCAAAGAAGAGCUACGAACAGAAGUGCAAGGAGGCGGAUGAGGCCGAGCAGUCCUUUGAACGGAUGAGCACUUCAGGCAACCAGAAGCAAACAGAAAAGAGUCAGAACAAAGCCAAGCAAUGCAGAGACGCAGCAUAUGAAGCAGGUGAUACUCUAUUUGCAACAGAACUGAUUUUUUUCUCAGCAAAGAUCUACCAGCAUGCUAAUUUUGAUAGCAUCAAUCAAAUCAAGUGGGCUAGCCCUAUUUGAAGUCAGGUUUCCUGAAGUCAUCUACCCAAAGACACUAUAGAGAAGAGAAGCAAGCCUGACCAUCAGCUACACUUAUUUUCACUUGUGGACAUGCAAGUCUCGUGCUGUCAUUAAAGAUUUUACAGCAGACCAUCUUUAAGGGCUUCACUCAGGAAAAAAAGCUCUUCUCAAAGCAAGUUUGAAAGCACAGUGACACUCAUUGUCCCAAGCCAACCUAAACCAGAUACACAGUCCCUGGGUUCCCUGUGCAUGAGCACAGCAGCAAGGGUACAUCCUUCAGCCAGAAACACACUAUAUGUGUUUUGUCCAAAAGGACAAUGCUGGCAAACCUCUGGGCUGGUUCAUGAACUCAGGCUUGGCACUCACUGCUCAUACUGAAGUUUACUGCAUCACAUGGUUUACCUGACUGGCUGAGUCAAAGGAUGGCAUGGCCUGCACUCGUGAUCUCUUAUUUAAUAAUCCCCCCCCUAUAUGUGUGUGUGUGUGUGUGUGUGUGUGUGUG